AUGCUCACCCACGAUUCGAAGAUCAUCAUUGUCGGCGGAGGUGUGUUCGGCCUCAGCACUGCUCUGUGGCUUGCGCGCGGAGGCUACCGAGACAUCACCAUCUUUGACCGAUGCGCCUUCGACAAAAACCACUACGAUCCAUCCAGAGGCUGUGAUGGCGCCUCUGCCGAUAUCAACAAAGUGUUUCGUAUGGCCUAUGCGGAGCGCCAAGACUACCAAGAUCUUGCCAUUGAAGCCCGCAACUACUGGCUCUCGUGGAACAAGGCGGUCGCCGAAUUGGACGCCUCGAGCCUCCCAGAGGGUUUGACUCCUGAGGACAAGCUGUUCCUGGAGUGCGGAUCUUACUUCCUUGCCGAGGGUCCCACGCUCAGAGAUUACUAUGCCGAGAGCCUGGAAACGAUGGGGAAGACGGCACCCGAGUUCCGCAAAAUGCAAUUUGUCAAGGGUAACGCCGAAGAUGAGAGACGGCUACAGAAGAUCGACCCUAAGUGGGUGGAGAAGUUGCAUAUCAUUGACAAGAUCAAUGAUGGGAACACAAACGGGUUUCUCGAUAUCCAAGGCGGUGUCACAAUUGCAGACAAGUCGUGUGUUUAUGCACGGUAUCUCUGCGGGAAAGCAGGUGUCAAGUUUGUUCUAGGUGACCCGGUUGGAAAGCUUUCCAGCCUAAUCACCGAGAACAACGGAAGAGAGAAGCGAGUCGCGGGAAUCAAGACUUGCGAUGGACUCCGCCACUUUGGAGACCUGGUGAUAGUUGCUGCUGGAAGCUGGACUGCGUCGAUCAUCCCAGAGGCACACUUGACCGUCGAAGCUACAGCUGGCACCGUAAUGUUUGUCGACAUUCCCGAAUAUCGCCAAGACCUGUGGGAACGCUUCCAUCCAGACAACUAUCCUGUGUGGUCGUAUCGCAGAGGCGAGGGUGAGAACUACUAUCAAGGAGGCGGCUUCCCAAUAUCGAAGCAGGGGCGACUCAAGUUUGGCUUCCGUGGCCGCAAGUUCACCAACUUCCAACCCCAUCCAACGCAGCCAGACUUGCAAAUCUCGACUCCUCGAACCAAGUACACCGAGAAUCGUAUCAACACCGUACCCUUGUACGGGCUGUCACGGAUGAAAAAGGUCAUCGCGCAAGCCUUUCCGGAGCUUGUGGAGUUUGGCUUCACAGACAGCAGGCUGUGCUGGUACACGGACAGCAUUGACAAUGACUACGUCAUCGACUAUGUUCCCGGAUAUUCGGACUCGCUCUUCAUCUGUACUGGUGGCUCUGGGCACGCUUUCAAAUUCCUCCCGGUCCUCGGCAAGCAUGUCAAAAAUCAGGUCGAGCGUGUGCCCGACCAAUUUACUCCAUUCUGGAAGUGGCGCGUGGCCAAAGAGGGCAAACCCAACAACGGACUUGCAGACGGCGCAGAUGGUCCCAGGGAGAUGUCGAAGCUUGAACUUGCGUCAGCCCGGGACUUCAAAAUGAAGGAGAUUUCACUUCUCAAACUCUGA